CAGACUAGCCUACACAGCUGAGCCAACCAGACUUCCUCCAGUGUCCCAGGUUUACUGACCUACCUGAAUGUCUUCCUCAGAGGCAGAGCUUCAGCAGCUCUGGAAUUUCCCCUCUGACUACAUUAUAACAAUCUUCUGUCACAAGAUCAUGGGAAUCAACCAGACACGGAUCACUGAGGUCAUACUACUGGGAUUCCAGGUUGAGCCCUCUCUGGAGAUGUUCCUGUUUGGGCUGUUCCUGCUGUUCUACAGCCUCACCUUGAUAGGAAAUGGGAUCAUCCUGGGGCUCAUCUGCCUGGAUGCUAGGUUGCAUACUCCCAUGUAUUUCUUCCUCUCACAUCUGGCCAUAGUUGACAUGUCCUAUGCCUCCAGCACUGCCCCUAAGAUGCUGACAAAUAUUGUGAUGAACCAAAAAAGCAUCUCCUUUGCUUCAUGCAUACUUCAGACAUUUUUGUAUCUGGCUUUUGCUGUGACAGAGUGUCUGAUUCUGGUGGUGAUGUCGUAUGAUCGCUUUGUAGCUAUCUGUCACCCUUUGCAAUACACGCUGACCAUGAGCUGGAGAGUGUGUGCCAUCCUGGCUGCCACUUGCUGGGGGUUUAGCUUCCUCUUGGCCUCAGUCCAUAUCACGCUCAUUCUAAGACUCCCAUUCUGUGGGCCACAAAAAGUCAAUCAUUUUUUCUGUCAAAUCAUGUCAGUAUUCAGAUUAGCCUGUGCAGACACAAGACUCAACCAAGUCGUCCUCUUCGCUGGCUCUGUGAUGGUCUUACUGGGGCCCCUGUGCUUGGUGCUGGUCUCCUACACUCGAAUCCUGGUGGCCAUACUGGGGAUCCACUCAGGGGAGGGCCGCAGAAAGGCCUUCUCUACCUGUUCCUCCCACCUGUGUGUGGUUGGGCUCUUUUUUGGCUGUGCCAUUGCCAUGUACAUGGCCCCCAAGUCCAACCAUUCUCAAGAACACAGGAAGAUACUGUCUUUGUUUUACAGCCUUUUCAACCCGAUGCUCAACCCUCUGAUCUACAGUUUGAGGAACACAGAGGUGAAAGGUGCGGUAAGAAGAGUUGUCUGGAAACAGAGAUCACUGUGAGGUUAACAAUCUUCCAUGUCAGGCUAUGCAGUAGUGGCACACAUUUUUAAUGCCAGCGCUCAGGAGGCAGAGGCAGGUGGAGCUCUGAAUUUGAGGUCACUCUGGUCUACAGAAUGAGUUCACAGUCAAGGCUACACAGAGAUCCCCAAAUAUCAAAAAAUAAAUAAUCUUCUAUAUCAUGAUCCUGGGGCAUUGAAUUUCCUCAAGUCCUUUAAUUUAUCAAAA